AAAAUGGCUGAUGGAAACGACACUUCUAUGAGAGAGUUCAUUAUUUUGGGAUUAACGGACGAUCCUGUCCUCCGGAUCUUCCUCGUCACAUUGUUUCUCGUGAUUUAUGUUGUCACAGUCAUGGGUAAUCUCAGCAUUAUCAUGUUAAUCAGGGCCAGUUCCCAACUUCACACGCCAAUGUACCAUUUUCUGAGCCAUUUGGCUUUCAUCGAUUUUUGGUUUUCAUCAACUGUCACUCCAAAGAUGCUUAAGGGCUUCUUAGUGGAGAGAGACACAAUAUCCUUUGCUGGCUGUGUUGCCCAGUUCUAUUCUGCCUUUGCUUUUGGGACCUCAGAGGGCAUCUUACUGGCUAUGAUGGCAUAUGACCGUUUUGUGGCUAUCUGCAAUCCCCUGCUCUAUACCAUCUCUAUGUCCAAUAAAGUCUGUGUCCAGCUCAUAGCUACCUCCUAUGUCGGGGGUUGUUUAAAUAGCGUGUUAUUUACCAUUUCUGUGUUUAGUUUAGGCUUCUGCAGAUCCAAUGAAAUCAAUCAUUUUUUCUGUGAUUUCCCUCCGUUAGUAGAACUUGCUUGCUCUGACGUUUCCCUGGUUCUAAUCAUUACUUCCAUCUCUGCUGCCAUCGUAAUAUUAAGCACUGUCCCCACCAUAAUCAUCUCUUAUGCAUACAUCCUCUGUGCCAUCAUGAGGAUCCAGGCAGGCCAUGGGAGACAGAAAGCUUUCUCUACCUGCACCUCCCACCUGACCACCCUUAUUCUAUUCUAUGGCACCGUCACAUUCACUUACGUGCAGCCCAGCUCCAGCCGCUCCUUGGAGCAGAAUAAAGUUGUGUCUCUGUUCUACACAGUGGUGAUCCCCAUGCUGAACCCCCUAAUCUAUACUCUGAGGAACAAGGAUGUGAAGGGGGCCCUGAUGAAUAUAAUGGGCAAGAAUGUUAGUUCUUGGUAA